AGGGCAGUUGCCAGGGCAGGCCUGUCCCGCGUUGCCAGGGCAGUUGCCAGGGCAGGCCCCGCGUCGCCAGGGCAGGCCCCGCGGCCUGUCCCGCGUUGCCGGGGAGCGGGAGCCGCCAUGAGGAGCCGCCAUGAGCCGGCGGCGGCAGCAGCAGCAGCUGGUGGACGCGCUGAGCCAGUCCGUCAGGCACUUUAACAGGGGGGAGCUGGAAUGUCUCAUCAAGCUCUUCGACAGGCUGGUGGGCAAGCCCGACGAGCACUUGGCUGCCAUCGGCUUUGAUCGUGCCAAGUUCAGAGAGGCCCUGCACGCCACCUUUGGCAUGACGGAUGAUGUGAUCAUGGACAGAGUGUUCCGAGCUUUUGACAGAAACAACGACAGCUGCAUCAAUGCGGUGGAAUGGGUGGAAGGCAUAGCAAUAUUUCUUCGGGGAACAAUGGCAGAAAAGAUGAAAUACUGUUUUCAGGUUUAUGACCUGAAUGGUGAUGGACACAUUUCAAGAGAGGAAAUGUUUCAGCUGCUGAAAAACAGCCUUUGUGAACCAUCAUCAUCAGAAGAAGAUUCUGAUGAGGGAAUAAAGGACUUGGUAGACAUAACAGUGAAGAAAAUGGACUGUGAUCAUGAUGGCAAGAUUUCUUUUAUGGACUUUGAAAAAGCAGUUGGAGAUGAAAAUCUGCUCUUGGAAGCCUUUGGACCAUGUUUGCCAGACAUAAAGAGCACCAUGGCAUUUGAAAAGACAAUUUUUGGAGAAAAUCUGACACUGUAACUCCAAGUGGAAUACUGUUGUAACAGCUUUUUUCCUUCACAGUACAGUGAAAAUAGGAGCAACUUGAAACUAUGACUAAGUUUCAGUAUUCCUUUCCUGGAAAAGCAACUGAAUAAAUAGAAUUUACUUCCACUACCUA